AGAAAUCACUCCAAACAAUAUCUGUCAAUGAACGUCACGUUUUCAAUAGGUUUACAUUGUUUGUUUACAAUAGUACAAGACACAUAUAAACAAACAAUUCUUUCACAAUUUAAAAUGUUUAGGUAGUUUGAAGAUGAAGAGAAAAUGGUCAAGCGAAUUGUUGAAAUAGUGCUGCAACUGACCAGUAUAGGGUUAGUCAUAGCUGCAGCCGGCCUUUGGGCUGGGGCAGGAGUAGAUGCAAGACCAAGACAUCGAGAUGAACAGACUUUGGUUGGGGGAGCGAUAUGGAGCCAAAUCAUAAUACCUAUCGGUCUAAUGAUAUCGAAGAUAGUAGAGGAGCCAAUUGAUAUUUUUGUUCAAGGAUAUUAUGUGGUAACUGGGAUAUGCCUUUUGUGGUUAACCAGUGCGUUUUUGAUUGCACAUGAAAUGCAAUGGUUAAGCCGGCAACAUGCGAAUUCUACGGCACCAAUGAUAAGAAGCUUGCGCAGUUCAAGACAGUUAGCCCGUAACCCACGUGUAGUGUCCAGCCACACUAUGGUAUCACAAUUCGAUCGAGCUUACUAUGCCAUCGGCAUUAUUUGUUUCGUAGCUGGAGCCGUCAAGUUAUCUGAGCUCAUCUUCGCCAUUGUUAAAUCCUAACAUUUAUUCUAAUAGUUGGAAAAUUAUAUUCAUGAGUCCGUCUAUGAUAAAUGUGGAUUUCUUUUUACAAAAGUAUUUGAGACGUAUGGUUGUUCUAAUUAAAGUUCUUUAUACAAUAUAUAGGGAACUAGUAUUUAUUUUUAUGCACAGGACAGAUAUUGCCAUACGUUUUACCGAUGUUAAUUGAAAUUGUGUUGAAAUAAAAGAUUAUUUUUUUAACA